AUGCUGCCAUGCCUGCCUCUGCGGUUGCUGGUGCUGAUGCUGUUGGUGAAGGUCCACGCCACCCGCGCCGUAAAAGUGCUGCUGCAUGGGCGACGGCUGCUGCUCAAGUACCGUCGUCACGCUGCUGCCGCUGCUCCGCCGCCGCACCGCAAGCUGCAGCUGGGGCUCGAUCCGUCCGUCCACUCCGACCACGCCCAUCGUCACCAGCGGUGCCUCGCCCGGCGACGCAGGGGCUGCCGUAAUCGCGAUGGCGCUGCCGUCGGAGCCGGCGUUGCUGAUCAGGCGCGGCCGGCACAUGAUGCAGUUGGUGCCGCAGUGGUGGUGUUUGUUGUACAUGCGCGUUUGGAGGCACCACUGUUGAUAAGAGGGGCGAGUUUGUUUGUCAUUAUCUGCCUGGACCCUGUAGCGCAGAUAAAGGGCCUGUCGAGUCCAUCGAGGCUUCCCGGUAGCCAGAACCUGAGAUCCGGCUUCCGGUGA